AUGAAGGAGAAUGUCAUUGCACUUCUCGAGGAGCACCCGGGAGAGCCUCCAUCGCCUGUAAGCACGAAAGGGCGUGAUGGCGGUUCUUUGCGUCGCCCAAAAUCCCAGUCGAUCUCCUUUUUCGUCGUUGUCGCACUGGACAUUCUGAUCAUCGGCUUCCUGGUCGCCGUCGUCUUUACGUCGAUCAAAUUGACCUCGAUCGGCCCAUUGAGCGGUGACCAUCGAACCCUCUACGUCACGUCUGUGACAGUGUUGGCGACCAUAUGCACGACAUUCUUCAUCCACGUCGUUCGCGAACUAUGGCUCCAAAAGAUAGACACACAUCUCCAAUCCGGCACAGCCAUCGCCGUCCUCGAUCCUACCUGGAGGAACGUCAUCGGACUCUCCUCUUUUACCGAACGACUCAAGCAGUGGGAGAUGACCGUCAUCUUGGCGGUUUCCGGGCUUGUCACGGCCACGAUCGUCGGUGCCACGGUGCCCACCUCCAUGACGCAUACGGAACGCUACCGGUACCACCUCGUUGACGACCACAGCGACAUAUGCGCGGGAAUCAACCCUUCGCUACCGUCACAGUGGGCGUGGGACCUCCCCAACGGCUCCGUGUACAACGUGUGGCCAGAGAUGCAAUUCUGUCCCACGGCCGAGGCCAUCACUCAUCUCGGCACCAUCAAUAUGCUCAACCCGGACGCGUUUGGCUAUGCGGAUGAAGGAACCGCAGUCCGUCGCUCCGCCCUUGGGGCCGCUGCUUCUAUCUAUGUCCCACAAACCCCGUUCGACUGGGGCACUAAUAUGGUGGACGAAUCGCUCGCCCAAACCCUCCAACACUUCGGGCCAAGCUUGCUCUCCACGACCCAGUGCACGCCGGUUAUGACAACCAAUCCAAUCCAGUGUGAGACCGUGACGGCCGUAGACGACCAAGUGUCCUUGACCAUCCAUGGACCAUCCAAUUGCUCCCUCAUCACCAGUUACCAGAAUAGCUAUGCGGCGACAUUGUGCACCCACGACUCUCUGGGCCAGGCCACCAUCGUGCUCGGAGCCGUCUAUCCAUCGUCGUUCUUUCUCACCGAAGCCAUGGCGGAUUUGGACUACUUGAGCUAUCUUGAAAGCGCCUCCAGUGCCAAUGCUUCAGCGCUACAAGGAACCGCGUACGGCGUCGCGUGCACGGUCGACACACGGCAGGUCUUUGAGUACAGGGAGGUCACAUUCAAUCUCCAAGCGGACGCCGACGACAUCGGCACCUACUCGAGAGACGUCGAGGCCGUGAUCUCCGACAGCUGUGACGGACAAGUCUUUGCCGGGGACCACGACCCUCUCCAACACAAGAUCCCGGCCGUCGCCGCCGUCGCCGCUGUCUCGAUCCUGGACAAUCUCCUGGCGGCCACCCGUCAACUCAUCGUGCAACCCAUGUCCCCCAUUUACACCGACCACUCCAAGUACGUCCGUCAAGCGCCGUUUGCGUUUGAGAAUUCUCGGAACGGUCUCGAGGAUGUCUUGGGCCUCAAUGCCGCCCUGGUGGUGUCGAGAUUACCCAUGACCGGAGGUAGUGGGACAUCGUCGGCGGAGGGAAUUGCCAUCGUUCAGAACACGCGGGUCGGCACGGGGAGGAAAUGGGCCCUCGUUUACAUCCUGCCGCUGGUGCUGGUGCUGGUGACGCUGAUAUGGCUUCGCUACACCGUUGCUGGUGCACCCAGGAUGGAGAUAUCCAACAGUCUUCGAGCAUUGGAGAUGCAUUUCCGGGAAGAGAUGGGUCAUGGUUAG